AUGGCUAGUACAGGACAUAGUACUGUCUUCACUGCCAUAAAUAUUAAUACCAAUUGCACUAACAACAACUAUGGUUCGGCUACUGCCGGUGUUUACUCAUCUCAUAAUAGAUUGGAAGUCGAUGAGACUUUCAGUAAUGAAGAUGAUGAAGAGGGUUUUCCCGGAUUUCAGUUUGAAAGCUAUGAUGAUUUUGAACCCGCAUGUUCGGAUUCCGAAAAUUCCAUGCAGAAAGAAGUAAAGCUAACCGUCACCAGAACAAAUGAUUUUGAUGCAAUGCUUCAAAGAAAGGCUGCACAUCGUAUUGCUUUGAAAAAUAAGUUAAAAAGUUUUGAGUUGACAAAUGAGCAAUAUGCCAACUUAGUCGGUAGAAUGUUUGAUGCUGCUCAGGAAGAUGUGGAUCUAUACAAUAACAAGCAACCGGCUGUUAAGAAAGUUGCAAUGCUCAAGGAAAUUAAUGCCAUCUUCUCGCGCCCAUUCCAAGAAAUAAUGUUAGACUACAAUGUUUUGGGUGCGCUCACUGCUUGGAUAACUCCUAUAUCUGAACAUAACUUACCUUAUUACCCGAUACGGGAAGCUGUGCUCAACGCUCUACUUAAGCUAACAGGUACAGUUCGUAGCCGAAUUGUAGGUGGCGAAAUUGCUAAAGAAAGUGAAGCACCCUAUCAAAUUUCGCUACAGACUAUACCAGGCUCACACUUAUGCGGCGGUGCCAUUAUCGGUAAACAAUGGAUACUGACAGUAGCACAGUGUGUCAGCGGCUGGCCGGCUAAUUACUUACGUGUCGGUAUGGGCAGUAAUAAUUAUACUGAUCCACUUGUUAUACACUAUCCCGAUCGUAUUCUCACGCAUUGCCGCUACGACACACCAAAGUAUCAUAAUGAUAUUGCUUUAUUGCAUCUUAAUACAAGCAUUUCGUUUAAUUCAAAAAUACAAGCAAUAGCACUACCACUACGGAUGCCAAAUACAACAAUGGAAUUACAACUCACCGGUUGGGGUAGUACAGUGCUAUGGGGACCUACUCCUGAGUUGUUGCAGAAACUUUCUUUAAACUUCAUCACUCGGAAUGAAUGUCUCACACGUUUAGAGCAGUUUGACGACGUUAGUGUGGAUGUUUGCCAUAUCUGUGCCUUUUCACAGUCAGAUAGAUCUGCUUGUCAUGGAGAUGCCGGCAGUCCUUUAGUCAGUAAUAACGGUGCAACUCUAGUGGGCUUAUUAAAUUGGCAUUACUCCUGUGCGCAGGGGUUACCUGAUAUGUACACAAAUGUACUAUAUUAUCACGAUUGGAUACGUCAAGCGAUUAGUGGUAAUUUAAAGUGCAAACAUGUGCGAUGA